GGCCUUUGUUUUUAUUUAAUGUAUGAAGGAAAACUGGCAUAUUUGCUUCUUCCUUUUUUCUCUGUUUUGCCUAUGCUCAGAAGAUGGGAGGACUGGUCAGAGUACAUGCCUGUUUUUCCACAAGUCAGGAUUUCAUUACUUUCAUUACUGCAAACAUUCCUACAUCUCUGAAUGGAAAUCCUGUGUUUCUCUAGAUCUCCUUGAGCUGCUGAAAGACUUCUCCUGGACAGAGGACAAAGGAGAAGAGGGAUGACUGGGCAAGAGUAGAAAAAGGAACAUAAGGAUUCCAUGGAGAUGUCUUUGGUGUGAUGAGAAACAAACCAGCAUUUAGUGGCCAUUGAGGAUUUUGGAAACCAAACAUGCUGUAAGGAAAAGAGUCUUGUAGGAAAAAGACAUCCCCACAAAGUGCUGAUCUUGCAUAACUGGCUUUGGAUGAGAAAGGGAAAAAGAAAACUGACGUGUCAAUAUUGUAAUUAAAUAUACAUAUCAUUGUCAACAUGCAAGGGAAACCCUAUACAUGCCUGGAGUGUGGAAAGAGCUUCACCCAGAGUGGAAAUCUAUAUUCACAUCAGAGGAUUCACACAGGAGAGAAACCCUAUAAAUGCCUGGAGUGUGGAAAGAGCUUCAGUCAGAGUACACACCUACGUAAACACCAACAAACUCACACUGGGGAGAAACUCUAUAAAUGCCUGAAAUGUGAAAAGAGUUUCCUUCAGAAGCAAAGUCUGCAGCAACACGAAUGGACUCACACUGGGGAGAAACCCUAUAAAUUCUUGGAGUGUGGAAAGAGCUUCACUUACAGUGGAACUCUACGUUCACAUCAAAGGAUUCACACUGGUGAGAAACCCUAUGAAUGCCUGGAAUGUGGCAAGAGCUUCACUUGCAGUGGUAAUUUAUGUUUGCAUCAACAAACCCACACUGGUGAGAAACCUUGUAAAUGCCUGGAGUGUGGAAAGAGCUUCACUCGGAGUACACACCUACAUAGACACCAACAAACUCACACAUGGGAGAAACCCUAUAAAUGCCUAGAAUGUGGAAUGGGUUUCACUCGGAGGGAUUCUCUCCAGAAACAUGAAAGGACUCACACUGGGCAGAAACCCUAUCAAUGCCUGGAGUGUGGAAGGAGUUUCACUAGGAGCGAUUAUCUGCAGCAACAUGAAAUGAUUCACACUGGUGAGAAAGCCUAUGAAUGCCUGCAGUGUGGAAAGAGCUUCACUCGGAGGGAUCACCUGCAGCGACAUGAAAGGAUUCACACUGGGGAGAAGCCCUAUAAAUGCCUGGAGUGUGGAAAGAGCUUCGCAUGGAGUAGAAGUUUACAUUUGCAUCAACAAACCCACUUUAGAGAGAAACCUGAUGUUAUGGAGCCUGGGAGAUGUAGGCCAAACAAGGGCAUAGUGUUACAGCCUGUGCUGGAUGGGGUUACACUUCCCUGAAGACACAGGUUUGCAGCUUGGGAGUUCUGGAUUCAUCAUUGAGCCUGGAACCCCAGGUCUCGGCAGUGGCCAGGGGAACGUUUGCACAAUUAAAACUGUGUGCCAGUUGUGCCCGUACCUUGGGAAGCCUGACUUGGUCACAAUGGUCCACGCUCUUCUUACAUCAAGGAUAGACUACUGCAACAUGCUCUGCAUGGGAUUGCCUUUGAAGCUUCAAGUGGUCCAACAGACAGCAGCUAGAUUUCUAACUGGGGCAGCGUGCAGGGAGCAUACAACUCCCUUGUUAUGUCAGCUCCACUGGCUGCCAGUGCACUAUGAAACCCUAAACAGUUCCGGCCUGUCCAAAAAUAUCUCCCUUCUAUGAUCCACCUCAGAGAUUAAGAUCUUCUGGGGAGGCCUUGCUCUCGGUCCCGCCUUCCUCCCAAGCUUGACUGGUGGGGCUGCGGUACGGGGCCUUCUCAGUGGUGGCCCCUCAACUAUGGAACUCCCUCCCCAGGGAAAUUAGUGCAGCCCCAUCUCUCCAG